CGAGACUCUGUAUGUAUAUUAUGUAUGUACUGUAUGUACUUAAUGCUGCUCUGAAUCCUAUAUAUAAUCAUCGAUGUCCCUGCCAAACGACUUCCUAGGAAGUCGCUCUAGCUCCGACUUGAGUUAAGGCGUAUAAUGAGGUGGCGCCAUACUCAACUCAGCAUCCCUUAAAUGACGAUGUACGGAUAUAAGCAUACAUGCCUCGCCAAGGAAGGGGCUGGAUGGGGAAGCGCGCCUACUUGUAGGCAGGCGAGCAGGUGGGCUAGGUAGUAGCUCCACUGAAAUUUCAAUUGAGGAUUCUAAAACCUCCCAUCCGAUUAGUAUUCCGAUGUUUCGCUACACUUGACUCCCGAAAAGCUAAAUACCGUCAGUGAUAUUACUCGUAUACGAAUGUCCAGAUAUAGAUCAAACACGCCCGGUCGCCCUCCUCAGAAGUCUGGACGCUGCACAACCUAUGAACGCCCACGCCCUCCUAACCGCCCAAGGAUGGCGGGGGACUGGCCACUCUCUACACCCGACCAGCGAUAGCAACGGCCUGACACACCAUAUCCUCAUAAAGCGUAAUAAAGAUGGCGCCGGUCUCGGUAAUAAGAAGGAUCACAAGCAAGAGGCUUGGUGGCUGAAUGCCUUUGACCAAGCUCUCAAGGGCAUCGACACGAAGAGCGGCACCAUGAAACAGACUCUGAAAGGAGGCGCGCUCGAAAAGAUCACCGCGCGCAACGUCGCGACCAAGUACACCGGCACCAGGGGGCUAUACACAUCAUUUAUACGUGGGGGUGUCAUGGAGGGAUCAGUCAAUGAUCCCGCAGCUUCAUUACCGACACCGCCUGAUAGCGGGGCCGGUACACCACUCCCCACAGAACCGGACUCGAAGACCAAAAAAGAUGGCAAGCGAGAAGAGACGAAAGAGGAAAGGAGGGCACGAAGAGAGGCCAAGAGGUUGAAGAAGGCUGAGAAAGAGGCACUGCGGGAGGCACGGAGACGGGCUGCUGAAAAGGUCGAAAAGAAGAAAGCCAAGAAGGCUGAGAGGCAAGCAGCUAAGGAGAAACUCAAGGCUAGCGAAACAAGAGAAGAGCGGAGAGCGAGAAGAGAUGCAAGGCGGAAACGGAAGGACGCAAAGAGGCGUGUGAGCGCAGUCAAAUGAUGAUCGAAGAAUUGAGACGAUAUACCCAUUGCCAUCUUGCAUGGCGCGAAAAUGGCCAGCGUUCCUGUUUCAUAUCAUAUCAUAGGGUCCAUAUUCAUGUUCAAAGCAUUCAGAUGGCGUUGGAUACUACCAUAAAUUCGUUUCUAUGCCUGUUUCGGGACUUUACCGGGUUUAUUUGACAAUAGCCAUGGUCUUCUAUCCCAGAAA